AUGCACGGCUGUACGGAUGCACGCCCUUGGAAAAAGCUGCCGGUGUUGUUUCCUGUCGCGGCUCAAGAGUUAGAAAGAUCCAAGCUCCUGGCAGUUCAGCGAUUUUGGAAGGGGACCUCUCACCGAGUCUCUCUUCGUUGCACAGCUUCACAUUUUCUCGACUCCUUGAGGAUGAAGCUCCUGCGGACGCUUGCUGUGCUCCUGCUGCUGCCGGCAGCCGUGGUCGCUCAGGAGGAUGAGGAGGACCCAGAUGCCCCGCCGGACUUCGAUGAGCUGCUGGGUGAGAUCGACGAGAACAAGGAUGGCAAGAUCUCGUGGGAGGAGAUGUUCGGAAGUGAUGCAGAUGUCCCAGAUGGAGAGGAGGGCAUGCCCGCAGACAUCAAGGAGAAGUACCAAGCGGUAUACAAGGAAUGCGAUUCCGACGGCGACGGCCUCAUCAAUCGCGAGGAGCUGCCGACGCUCUUCAGCAAGCUGACAGCCAUGGAGGAAGAAGAGGGCAUGCACGAUGAGAAGGAUGAAGUCUGA